UUGGCGGGGCGCAGCUCUUGACUGCCAUCUUUUCCUCUAGUAAUUUUUCAUUAUUGUCGCUUACCUCUGAUUGUAGCUGAUUCUGGAGCUGUGCCGCUCUGAGGAGACUGCGGACCCCCAGAUCAUUCAGCCUCAUCUUGACCGGAUGCAGAGCCUCAGAACUCUGUGGAAUGUGGAGACUGAUAAUGCAGACAUAUCUGACUCGCAUUUCAUGGGCCUUGUCCAAAACCUGGUGAGAAAUCCGGAGGAUAGGAGAAACUUCUUCCAGGAUGUUUUCCCUGGAGACUUUGGCCCAACAUACGACAAAGCAAUCCAGACCCUGAUGUGGCUCUUUCUGUCCCGACUUGAAAAGCUCCUUCCCACCCAAACUCUCCAACAGAUUGCGUCUCUGCUCAGCGAUGCCUCUUCUGUUCUGAAUGAAUGCAUGGAUACUUUCGCUCAACCUCAGGAGCUCAAAAGCUUGCUGGACACUCAGAAAGACCUUGGACAGUUGGAGGACAUUGAGUCUUGCAUAGUUGACAGUGGCAUCUUGUCAGCCCUAUGUCUGCCUCCUGUGGAACGAGUUGUGAUUGUCAACGAGCAAACGGAAACAGAUGUUGAGAGCGGGCUCAUGUAUACAGUGAGCCAAGAGAUGGAGGUUGAAUCUGAGAGCAUGGAGGGAACUGUGAACUCUGAGUGUGUGCAAACACAGUGGUUUGGUCUCGGCAGCGAGGUGAAGGCAGAAAUGGACUCUGUGGUGGUUACAGAUCGUUUGGAUGGCACGGAGGCCAGUGAGAGUGAAAUGGCAGAAGAACCGUCUGGAACACUCAUGAUAGGGGAGGACGGCCAGGUGACGGUGCUCAACAGCGUGGAGAAGAAGCCAAAUAGACGUGGGAGGAAAAAGAAAUGUCCUGAAGAUAAAGACUUUCAGGUGCAAAGCAAAAUGAGGGGCAAACUUGAUCCGGAAUUUGACGUUUUGUUGGAGAGACCGGUGCGAAAGAACCGUGGACUCAAGAUGAAAAGGUACCUGUCCCAGUGGAGGAAAUCCGGAAAGACACAGAGCAGCAAUGCGAUUAACAGCAGCCCUAAAAGGUUUGCAACCAAAAGCAAUGACCUGGAUGAGAGGACGUGCAAAGUGUGCGGCAAGGUGGUGACUCGUGCCAAGUUCUUAGAGCGUCACAUGAAUCGACACUCAGAUGAGCUGCCUUUUUCUUGUCCUGUGUGUAAAAGGUUUUAUAAGAGCUUGCGUUACUUGCAGCAGCAUAAAUGUCCAAAUCAGACAAAAGCAAAGGAACAAGAGACUGCAGCAGACGAGGGUGAACAAUCGUCCAGUGGGCUUCCUCGUGAGGCAGCCAACCAAGAGCUGCCGUCAGACAACACAGGACAAGUGGAACAGAAAAGCCCAGAUGUAAACAAAAGCGUGCUGGAAGGUCCGUUCUACUGUCCUCACUGCAGUGUGGAGUUUAAGUGCAAACAAACAUUUAGGUUCCAUUUAAGAAACAUUUGCUACAAUGAGCAGCAGGUGGAUCCUGAGCAGCCUGAGGAUGUUAAGCAUUGUUUCAGGUGUGAUGAAUGUGACAAGGCCUUCAAGUACAAGUCCACAUUGGAUUCCCACAAACAAACUCACAACCCGCUCUACUGCGAGGUGUGCAUGAAACUGGUACGGGACCCUGAGGCAUUGGCAAUGCACAAAGAAUCCCACACUCCAUUUCAGUGUAACCAGUGUGAGGAGAAUUUCCCUGUGUUCAAGGCCCUGCAUAAGCACUAUAUCGACGUCCAUAAUCCCAUCGAGCCUUUUACCUGCACCCACUGUCAGACAACAUUUGCUAGUCUAAAGCGUUUCAUCAGACACGAGUGGAAACACACUGGUUACCAACCAUUUCAGUGUCCUCAUUGCACCAAAAGAUUCAGAUCGUAUUCUGACCUUGUGGAGCACCAGAAAAAGCACACUAAAGCGUAUCCAUUCCUCUGCUGGGAAUGUGGCAAGAAAUUCAGGCACGGUGUGACAUUGACGAGGCACGUGGAGCGUGUGCAUCACUCUGGAGAACCUGUGACGGAAAAACCAAUGCCAAUCUUCACCUGCGCUCAGUGCGGGAAGACCUUCACGUCCAGAAGAUGCCUCCUGAAGCAUGACAACUUCCAUCACAAAGGGUUGCGUUUCCCAUGUGAGCACUGUGGAAAGGGAUUCUUUGGCAAGGAUGCCUUGGUGAGGCAUACUUUGAUUCACACAGGGGAAAGGCCUUUCAAGUGCGACGACUGUGACAAGUCUUUCAGAUCUGCUGCAGAAUUAAAGAUACACAGGAGAUACCAUACUGGGGAACGGCCAUUUAAGUGCAACGUGUGUGAAAAAGGUUUUGUCCAAUCCUGUUUUCUUACCUUACACAUGCGAACCCAUACUGGAGAAAGACCAUAUGUAUGUGCAGUAUGUAACAAGGGCUUUUCAAGCUUGCAUGGCUUAAAACGUCACAGGAGACUUGUUCAUGCGUAGGCCAUAAGACAUAGGGAUUUUCUGUUUAAUGUUUCCCCAUUUAAGGAGAUCAGCAUCAGAUGUAGACCAGAACUUGAGGAACUGUUAAGGAUUUAACCUUGCUUAUGGGCAUUUGGUGUGGAAGGGAAAUUGGGACUGGGUUUUCCAGUUGAAGGACUUUUUGUUUAAAAUAUCAGCCGCGUCAUUGUCUGGCUGUCACAGCUUGGAUUGUUGGAAGCUGUGUAAUUGUAUAGUGCAUUAUAAAAAUGUAGCUUUGUAUUUUUUACACAAAACUUUGCUGUAGUUCUACAUAAGAUUUGUAUGUAUAAAAGAUAUAAACCGUGAUUCCCUUGAGGGAUUUAUUUCUUUUUCUUAAAUAAAUUGAAUAUUUGAU